AUGGCGUCGCCUCCCUCAACUCCAGCUCCAGCUCUAGCUCCAGCUCCAGCUCAAGCCCCUCUUCUCGCGUCAGAUUCGGCCUCUGGGCCCGAAAAAAGCGCGAAGCCUGCACCAACUGCCAAGCUCCGCAGCUGUGUCGUCUGUCGCACUCGUAAAGUUCGAUGCGAUAAGCUUUCCCCAUGCUCGAAUUGCAGGAGAGCUAAUAUUCCAUGCGUUGUUCCCUCCAAUGACCGUCCGCCUAGAUGGGCUCGGCGCCUAGAGCGUUUUACCAGUGAUGAUGGUCCAGUUCAGGUUGACAAGAACAAGAACAAGAACCCGGAGGGUAACCAGGCAUUGGAUAGACUACAUACACUUGAGAACCUGGUUAAAGAAUUGAGGAGCCAACUAGAGCAGGCUAAUGCCACCAGUAGUAGGGGUGCUUCUUCCGAGGCCGCAUCGCCCCCCGAGAACACGAAACCUGCGGCGAGCCCCUCGUCAGCUUCAGCUUCAGCGUCGACAACGUCAGACGUGCAGAAGCAUUUCGGCCGAAUGGUUCUCAAAGAUGCACACCAAAGACGUUACAUCUCCAGCGGAUUUUGGUCCCGCAUAAGUGAUGAGCUUGAAGGGCUCAAAAUGGACGCUCGUAGAAUGGGAGAUGAUGAAGCAUCUUCGGAUGAACCAGACUUCCCAAGUUCGACUCCUCCGACUCAAGAACUACAUCGAGAACCCAUGGAACGACACGCCUUCCUAUUCCAACAUGACUUGUCGCUAUCGCCACCCGAAAACCAGGACUUCAACCCGCUACCCUCACAGAUACCCUUCUUGUUGGACAUUUUUGAAGAAAACAUAAAUAUUAUCAUAUAUAUUGUUCAUAUGCCGACCAUCAGGAAGAUGGUUCGUUCAUCUCGGGGGUCAACCCCCAGAAUAGAUAUCAAGAAUCAAGCGUUGCUUUUUUCCAUUUACUAUGCCGCAAUAACAUCAAUGGAGGACGAUGAGGUAAUGACCAAUUUUGGUUCUUCCAAAACCGAGCUCAAUCUCAAGUUUCGUCGUGGUCUAGAACAAGCUCUUGCAAAAGCAGACUUCCUCAACGAUCCCGACAUUGUCCACGUUCAGACUUUGGCCAUCUUCCUUUCCCUCGCUCGGCGGUACGAUAGCCCUGUAUACGUCUGGAUGAUGACAGGCCUCAUGAUACGAAUGGCUCACGCUGUUGGUCUUCAUCGCGAUGGGUCCCGGUUUGCGCACUUAUCGCCCUAUGAUGUAGAACAAAGGCGCCGUAUCUGGUGGAUGGUCAUCGUCAUCGACAUUCGUGCGUCAGAGGACCAAGGGACUGAAUUCACCAUCACGAGAGAUAGUUUCGACACCAGGAUGCCCCUCAACAUCAACGACUCGGAUCUUGACCCCGAUACGAAACACGUUCCUGUGGAGCGUCAAGGUGUCACGGAUAUGUCUCUUGCCAUAGCCAUGUGCGAGCUAGCGCAUGUAUCCAUGCAGCUAAUGUCUUCGAACCUUUUAUCAGGUGGCCCAAGUCUUGAUGACCAGGCCCAACUAUUAGACCAUUAUUGCAAGAAGUUGGAAGACGGUUAUUUUCGGUACUCAAUUGAGCCUGAUGAUAUCAUCAACUGGGUUGGAAUCGUAGUUACGCGGCUGGUCUUGUCCAAACUGACUCUCUUGGUGUACCUUCCCUCGCUAUUUACCUCACCUAGCGAUCGUUUCUCAGAUCAAGUCAGGGACAGGCUACUCAUUGCCGCUAUUGAGAUAGCUGAGCAUAACCACUCCCUCAACGCUGAAGCGAGAUGUCGCCAGUGGCGAUGGAUCUACCAGACCUACACCCAUUGGUAUGCCAUAGUCUGGCUGCUCAUCGAGAUAUCUCGGCGACAGUGGUCAUCUACAGUUGAGCGUGCGUGGAUUGCCCUCCACAGUGAAUGGCUGAUUCCUCCUCACAACAGCAUGGCCAAGAAUGUACUUGCUGCCAAACACAACAUCAUAUCCUCAAAGUUGGAGCGAUGA